AUGAAUAAGAAUAAAUGUGAGGAGAUGUCUUUGCGUCUUCGAACUGAUGACCUUAAGGGUUUUAGAAAAUAUCAAAGCAUUAAAAAGACUCUGUUACAUGAACAUUUUUUUCUCAAAAUCAACAACUUACACAUUUUUUCCUUUCUGGACACAAAAACACCCUCUGAGGCUCCGACUUCCUUCCAGCAUCAACACCACCUCCGACACCUCCCUUCGCCACCGCCUCUGUUCUCUAUCCUUCCUUCAGUGUCGCCGUCCCCUAAUCUUCACCUUGCGCAACUGUCCCUGUUCGAGGCUGGCAACAAUGGAGACCUUCCUCUAAUUGCUUUGAUUGUUGUGUGCUUUUGUUGUAUGCCACCCUCCCACGUUCACUCCGGCGCGAUCAUUUUCUUCGUUUUUGCCCUAAUCGCAUAA